GGGCGGAGGGAGGGAAGAGGCCGCAGAAGCCAGAGCCCUGACCCACCGGCUGGCUGGGGCUGCGGCGGCUCCGCGCCGGCGCCCCCCAUGCGGCAGGCUGCCGGACGGCGUCGUCGGGGGGCGCCAUGGCCUCCGCGGCGGCGGGCGAAGCGGAGGAGACCACCCGGCUGCGCAAACCGCGCUUCUCGUUCGAGGAGAACCAGAUCCUGAUCCGGGAGGUGCGCGCCCACUACCCGCAGCUCUACGGCGCGCAGAGCCGUCGGGUGAGCGUGGCCGAGCGUCGGCGCGUGUGGGACGGCAUAGCCGCCAAGAUCAAUGGCAUCACCAGCUGGAAGCGCACUGGCCAGGAGGUGCAGAAGCGCUGGAAUGACUUCAAGCGCCGCACCAAGGAAAAGCUGGCCCGCGUGCCGCACUCCACGCAGGGUGCAGGCCCGGCCGCCGAGGACGCCUUCUCCGCGGAGGAGGAGACCAUUUUCGCCAUCCUGGGGCCCGGUGUGGCGGGGACGGGGCCUGGUGCUGGGGCGGAGGAGCCACCUGCAGCUGCCUCCUCGCAGCCACCGGCCCCAAGCGCCUGUGCCCAGCGCUGUGUGUUGUCAGAGGAGCGCAGGGAAGACCGAAGGGCAGAUACACCUGCCCACAGCAAGGGGGGCUCCAGCAGCCCGGAGCCUUGGGUCCGGCCCUCCUGCAAUCCCCAGGAAGGGGGCUGCCCACCAUCCAAGGAGCGUGAGUCCCCACCCCCUCCAGCCUCGCAGACUGUCCAACUACCCCGCCUGGCCUUGUCUCCACCGCCCUCCGUCCCUCCUCCGCCACCCCAGCCACCGGCACAGGUGGCACCCACGUCCCCCAGCCCCCCACCAGCUCCUCCUGGGCCUCCGUCCAUGCCUUCGGCCCCAGACCCCUCCCUGGACUUCCUGCGAGCCCAGCAGGAGACUGCCAACGCCAUCCGGGAGCUGGCUGGCACCCUUCGGCAGGGAUUGGCCAAACUGAGCGAGGCCCUCAGUGCCCUGCUGCCCCUUCUGCCAGGAACCCCAGUCGACCCGCUGCCGCCCCCACCUCCACCCCCACCUCCCCGGCCAGUCUUGCCUCCACCUGCCCCCAAGGUGGAGGUCUCCCCAGAACCUGUCUCCGUGGUGGCUACUGUCGUGGAUGGGGCUGUGGUGGCCUCCAGGGGGGUGAUCAUCGCCCCUCAGAGUGCAGAGGGGGCACCCCGGCCACCCCCAGCCCCACUCCCUCUACACGACUCACCCCCACACAAGAGGAGAAAAGGGUUCCCUACGCGGAAGAGGAGGGGCCGAUGGAAAGCUCCGUGAAAUCUCUGCGCGCUCCUUCUGCCUGCACCCCUACUCCCUGCUUGGCGCAGACAAGGGGGGGGCGAUGCUCCUUGCCAUCCCAGUUGCUCCCUGGCUCCCCGCUCCAGGGAGUGAGCGCCCCACUCCCUGUGCUAGUUAGUGCCUGAUUCUCUGGGGGGUUCUUGAUGGGCUCCCCCAGCCCCUUUCUCUGGUACAGUGCUGUCUGCCUGGCUGCCUCCCUUCACCUUGACUUCUAAGCCAUCAUUUUUACCUUAUGUAUUAUAUUGCCCUUUGUGGGGUGGGGAGGGAACCUCUCGGGUCUGCACACACCCCACCCCUAACAAUUCCUGUUCUUGACUUGAAGAGAAUUGACCUGUGGAGGCCAAUUCUCCCCAACCCAGACUUUGGAGGGGUUGGGAGUUGCUAGACAAAUCAGAAUGUGGGUGACAAAGAGGAUACACCUGUCUGUACACUAGGGAGAGGGGUAGAGUUCUGCCUGGGGGGAUGGGUUGGGCCCUCUGCCUUCCAUCGCCAUCUCUAACCUCUCGAGCUCAGCCCCCUCCUUUCUCCUCAGUGGUGACAAGAUACCAAUAAACUUAUUUUUCAU